AUGGUUGAAGAUCCAAUGACGCUGGAAAGUCAGAGCUUCUAUGCUGUUCCAGAUGCUUCGUCAAUCGGUCUUUCUAGCCGGAUCACCGAGCCGAGCCGAUCCAGGAUAGACUGGGGUUUCGGCACCACGUAUAACUCAUUUGACCUGGGAAGCGACCAAGACCUUACGUUGAGUAAUCAGGAAUACAACUUCCUGGCAUCACUUCCAACACGGGGCCAGGAAGCUGAACCCAUACUGCCAUUCCCGGUAGCAAGUUCCCAUGCCCUGUCCAAAGCUUUUAAACGGUCCGUUGGUCGCUGGGACCCUGAGAAGCGGCAUUAUAGGGCCGCGGAAGAGUCUCAUCUAUCCCUAGCCCGAGCGGGAACUACGAAGAUAGACUGCCUAGGAGAUUGGAACAGUCAAAUAUUCAGUCAGAAUCUCUCAUCAAAUAUCCGGGAUGAAAUCUUGAGACUUGUGGUCAGCUCGUGUGAGCAAGACAAUAUCGUCAAUAUUAUUUCAUCCUUUCCCCCCAUCGAGGUCAUAGACAGACUGCUCAAGUCGUUCUUCACGCAACAUGCCACUCUCACAGACACAUGGAUCCACAUCCCUUCGUUUCAGGUGACCGACACCAGGCUAGAGCUACUUAUCGCUUGCAUAGCGUCGGCGGCUGCAAGGUCUUCAAGUCGUCCCAUACAGAAAUUUGGGCUAGCGUUGCAAGAAUUUCUGGUGUUUCAACUCUGGCUCGUGGCUGAGAAAGCAAAUAUGCUGACUCGCGAUCUACAAUUUUUACAAGCAUUUGCCCUCCAUCUCGAGAUCGGACUGUGGAGCGGUGUCAAGAGGAAAAUGGAGAUGUCUGGAAGCUUUAGUUGUAUCUUGACAAGUUCGCUGCGAGGGGGUGGACAUUACCGCUAUGCGACUUGCUCGCCACCCACGUUAAGUCUCGCUGACGAAGGGGAGAUUCUGGAGAUGAAGUGGAAGCAGUGGGUGCACGAGGAGUCUUUUAAAAGACUCGUCUUUCACGCCCACAUUUACUGCUCACAAGAGUCCUUGAUGACAUCAGGAACAUCGACUCUACCUCACACAGAGUUAUCGGUGCCAGUUCCUUGCUCCAGAGAGUUGUGGUUCGCCAAAUCAGCUUUAGAAUGGAAAAGGAUUUAUUUGGAGUCUUCGGGUAUUGGCCAGGGGGGUCGCUCACCAUCCUUCGCCGAUAUCCUACCAGACCCCAUAAGCUCCAGGACUCUAUCAAGAUUAUAUGACCACCGUCUCAUUCAGUUCUGUUUACUCUACUCGGUAUCCACCAUGAUCCGGAGAUACUGGCAGGAUAAAAGUAUUUUCUCCUUGACCGGACUUAGCAGUUUCACACGGGUGAGCGGCUUCUCGGAUGAAGUUCAACAUCAACGAAUUCUGUACAUCCUCAGUCAAAUCAAAUCGAGCUACGAAUAUCCAGAAUCAUCGCACUCAAUCGAGCUGGAUCUGAUCUCAGACUUUCUCUCCAUGCACCUUUUCGCCCCUUUCGAUCAGAUGGAACUGGCCGCUGGCAAAGAAGGUCUUGAAGAAGCUCAAAGGGCGGUUCCGUCACUAGUGCAGUGGUUCCAGGCUGAACGCCCGAGACAAGCCGUCUGGCACGCCAGUCAAGUGCUACGGGCAAUACGAAUGCUGUCGCCCGAGCGCCUCAUGCAUUUCUACGCCGUUGCAGCCUACCACGCUGGCCUCUGCUUGUGGACAUAUGGCGUUCUAUCGCAGCAGGUCGAAAGUCCGCCUGCGCACAAUGCAACAUCAACUCCAUCGGUUCCAGACGAAGUUGUACUCGACCGCGAAGAAAGUAUCAAGGCACAGAGAUGGAUCAACUUCAAUCUCGGAGUGCCCGUUAUCUCUAGCGGACACGAAGAUCAGGUUACCAACGACAAGCGCACGGUUCGCAUCCAUUCUUCUCAAGCCCUUGCCAACACGCUACUGCAGGACAUCAUGUCAAGGUUUUCGUGGAAGAAUUCUCUGCUCGUCGAGAAUGUCUGUUGCCUCAUGGAAGCUUUGCGCAAUAUCGGUCAAGGCACCGAGGGAGGGGAGUGA